AUGCACCCGAUGCACCGAUUACUCAAGUCGGUUGUGAGAAUGUUCCACGACACUCGGUCUAUUGUUGUCGUCGAUUUGAUUCUGCAUCAUCAUGGAAAGAUCAAGCUUCACGAAGCCCUGAAUGUCCUACCAUUCUCGUGGAAUGAGCUACAAAAUACUAUACGACUUUUGGUCAUGGAGGGCUAUCUGCGUCUCGAUCCGGACGAGCUUGACAUGGCCUAUAUCCGCGAGCACGGCCUCGUUUAUGCUAGCUAUGGCUCUACACUGAGCUUCAUCGCGGCAAAGCUCGAGGCAUCCGGGGCACUGGUAAACGAAAUACUGCACAAGGACCCUCAGAUAUUUUCGUGUCCACGAUGUCACAAGGGCUGCGGAGCGCUUGACGCUUGGCCAGAAGGCGGCACGAUCAUGACGUGUCCGGGCUGCGGGGCUGCCCUUUCUCUUGUGCCCGCAAAUGAGCUGGAACGACAGGAACAGCACAAAGAAGAACUUUGUAUGGAUAGGAGAGUUUUAGCAGAUCUGCUGAAAGCCGCCCAGCUGUCGCCGCUGGCUGAGCCGCACGUCCCGGGAGCCCACAAUGAAACUACAUAG